AUGCUCAUUCUAAUUCUAUCCCUCCUAGCACCAGUACUGGCAAGCACCCUCAGCCCAAAGUCGGCGCCCCACCUCUGCCUCUCACAGAGUGGCGAACCGGGCUCGGCGCCCCUCUCUCUUUUAAAUUGCAAGGACGCCGGCGCGUGGCGCCGCGACGACUGUGCUUUCCUGUGGCAACGGGACGAGACGUGGUGUCUCGGUGCUGGGCUGAAACAAAUCCACCCAUACCUCGACUACCGCGCUUGCGACGGCGACAACACCGAGGUGUACCGGUGCAACACGGCGGGCAUUGGGUGGUUCCCAGAUGAGACGGGACAGGUGCGGGCGUCGGAUGCGGCGUUCUGCCUCGAUGUGAGAGAUGGCAAGUUUGAGCUUGGGGCUCGAGUGCAGAUUUGGUCAUGCCACGAGGUUGGCCAUAAGGACUUUGGGAGCCAACAGUGGGUCAUUUCCGAGUAG